UCUAAAAUAUUGAAUUUUUUUUGAAUUUGAAACUAUUAAAAAAGAUGAAGGAUACAAAAACAACAAGCCGAGCCGGUCUAUUGAAUCUAAUGCUCUUAAAAGCUUGGAGAGAAAGGUGGAGUGAUGCGAAGUGGGGAAUUAAUAUCAAAACAGUAUUACCUAGAGGAGUAAGUGGAGAUGUAUACAAUUUAGCUGACUGUAUACUUCAGCAGGCUGUAAUAGGAUCCAAUGCGAAUUUGCUCGCGAUUUCGUAUUUGAAACAUUCACUUUGCGCACAUUUGAUUUCUCAUGCUGCUGUCUUGAAACGAAUAUCGAAGUUUGAAGAUUUCGAUAAAGUAUAUUGUUUAACAGCUUUAUUGGAUUUACUAAACUCUAUAAUGGAUGGAGUAACAUGCAGAGGAAAGCCUGAAGAAAAUGUAUUACCGGCUGCUGUAGUUUCUCUUGUGCUUUGGUUAAUCAAAAUUUUAGCAGCAGUGUUGAAAGUAAAUGAUUCGAAUAAAGAACUACAAGCAGAAGAACAAAACGUGUUUAAUAAAACAAUUGAAGUCAUUGAUAAAAUAAUAAAAAAUGAUUUUCUUAUUGGUAUUUUGUAUAUUGGAAAACAAGAAGAAUUAGAUUUGUAUCAGGAAAUUAUGAACAAGAGCCUAGAAAUAAAUAUGCUACUGAAAAAUUCCAAAUUUACGCAAUCUAACAAACAAAUAGAAAUUUAUAUUAAUCAAUUGGCAAAUCUUGAUGUUGAACAGCUUGAUAUGAAAAAACUAAAUUCAAAAACCACUGAAACAAUAACAUUUUGCGUUCAACCAAUGUUUGCUGUCGCUUUAAUUGUUAAUCCUACGAGCGAUACUAAUUUGUAUGUGUCUCAAAUGCUUAUGGUACAACGUUUAAAAGGGUUUACAUGUUCAAGAUUGUUUUAUGAAAUAAUGAGAUCUGGCUUCAUUUCUUUAAAUACACCGGAUGUAACGCAUGAUGUUAUGUGGAGUGCAAUUACAUUUAUGAAAAUGCCUCAUAUAAUAAAACAGAUUUACGCAAAAAAAGAAAUGAAUUAUACUUCAAAUUAUGAUCAUAUUCCCGAUGUUAUUGAAGCGUUAGAUAUGAUACUUGACGAUUCAUUCAUGUUUGAUUAUAUCGAUGCAAAAUGUGAAAAAAAUUUUGUUGAAUUUUUAUUAAAAGAAUGGGUUAAGCAACGGAUUGUGAAUGAAGAGCAUGUUAAGAUAUUUGCAGGCAAAAGGGAACCAAUAUCUCCUUUGUCGAUAAAUGUGCAGGUUCAGUCUGUAAUAAAAUUUAUCACGUGUGCUGAAGUUCCACUCUCUGGUAUACUUAAAACAUUAAAAAUUGAUUAUAACAAAGCACAAAUACAAGAAUCGUUGCAACAGGUUUUGUGUCAAAUAUUAAUUGGCAAUACUUUUGAUUUAAUUCUGCAAGUUGCAACUGUUGAAGGACUUCUGAAAACAUUCAUAUCACGUUUAAUAAAAUGCAACGAACAUUGUAAAUAUAUACCGAAUGAAACCGAUAAAUCGGCAUUAACCCAUUCUAUUCUAUUUGAUGUAUCAUUUCUAAUGCUGACAUAUAUUGUCCAAAAUUAUGGUUCUGAUAUUGUUUUAUCGGAUAAUGCCGACUCAUUUUUUGCUAGAUGGGUUAAAGAGUGUAUGGUGGAACAUAAUCGAAUGAAAUAUCCUAAAAAUAUGGUAGCACUUUGUGAUGAAACCAUUGUGGAUGAAUUAUUAUUAACACUAAAAAAACCAGAUGGACAGCUUAAAAAUUGGUUUGUAAAUAAUUUUUUUUUACAUUGUAUUCUUAUUAAAUUUUUUUAUUUUACUCUUACGAAAUAUAGUAAUGCAUCUUGGCAUGAAAUUUGUAUGAAUAUUCCUGGUGUUUUAUAUCAAGUAUUAGUUGCAUGGGAAAAUGAAACAUUAUCGACAACAGAUGUUAAAAGAAUUUUAGAAUAUAUUAAAAUAAGACCAUUUUCAUAUUCAGUUUGUGCUGCAUCAUAUCUAUGUGCUUAUAUGCAAACCGUUAAAGAAGAUGAAUUUUUAAAACCGCACAAUAUGAUUCAUUUAUUGAUAUCAACACCUAGUGCGGAAGAUAUGCCUACACCGCAUCAAGAACACAUUAAAGAACGUUUUAGUUUAACAAAUAAUAUUAUUCGUAAAAUGUUAAAUGAUGUUCAACCUACCACAAAUUCCAAAAUACGUAAUUCAAUGUCACAGCAAAUUGUUUCGCAUCCACCAUUAGAAGAACAAUUUCGAGAGGUGUGGAAAGGUUUUAUGGAAGCUGGUUGGUUACCAAUAAAAUUGGGACAAAUUUUAGAAAGUUUAUUAAAUACUUGUGGUCCAACUUGGUUAGUUAAUCGUUUAGUUGAAGAAAUUUUAAAAUGCAAAUAUACUAGGGAAAUGUAUAAGACAAUGGAUAUGGUAUUUGCAAUUAUGCAUUUAGAUAUUGAAGGAACAACUACCGCUUUAUUACAAUCGGUUGUGCCAACAUUUCUAGUGGAUAAACAAGUUGAACCACAAUCAUCUGUAUUAGCUCGAUUAUGUGUAUAUUGUAUAAUAUCAUGUUUGGAAACACCUAUUUUAUCAACAACUAAAAAACGUCAACGUAAUGAUGAAAUGGAUAUUGAUAAUGAAAAUUUUGGUUCAGUGAAAUCACGUAAAUUAAAUGCUGAUGAUUCAUGCUCCAAUGAUUUUAUAGCUGAACAUUUUAGUAAUAGUAAUAGUAGUAACAUAAGUAAUAUGACUAAUAGAGAUAAUCAAAAUGUUAUAUUAAAAGAAUCAUUACAAAUUAGUUUACAAGCAUUAUUUAAAAUGUUUGCUAAUUUUGUAACAAGUAAUGAACUAUCACCAAGAAUAUAUUUUGUUUUUCAAUUUAUAACAUUAUUAGUUGAAUGUGGUAAAGAUAGGGUAAAACCAAUUUUAAAAUUAUUGCCAAAUAAUUUAAUACAGAAUUUAUUAAAAGUAAUGGCAACAGAUGAAAUUAGAGUUGGAUUAAUUUGUAGAUUAUAUGAUUUACGUGCAACACCCGGUAGAGUUUCAGCAGUUUCUGAUCUUUGUUUAUUGAGAAAUAUAAGAAUGAGAAAACAAAGUAUUAAUCUUUAAAUUAAAAAGCAGUAUAUUAAGUAUGUAAUAAAAGAAAUAUUUGAAUAAAGUGUUGUAGUAAGAAUUAUUUUUCUAAUUUAAAUAAAAUAUCA